AUGACGGUCAUUGAGCGGUUAAAUGCUAAAAAAAUCGAAUUAGAAGAAAGGCUAGCGGGACAAAACCAGCAAUGGGGAAGUCAACGAAAAGAAACAUUACAGCAUAAACUUAAAAAAAUCGAAGAAUUAAUUACUGCUUACCAAUCAACUUCUUCUCCAAUUAAUUUGUCAGAAACUGAGGAAGUGCUUAACCAACAAGUAGGGUUUGCCGAAGAAAAAGAAAAAAUUUUAAAUAGUUUAAAGAUUAAGGAUUAUUGCGAACAAAAAAAUGUUAAAAGAGGACCUCUAAUUUUAUGCCUGCUAGGACCUCCCGGAGUAGGAAAAACUACUUUUUCCCAACUCUUAGCCCAAGCCUUAAAGAAAGAAUUUUUUAUGGUGGCACUAGGAGGAAUGUCGGAUAGUUCUCUACUAUUAGGAGUUAGUGAAAGUUCAUCCGGGACCGAGGUAGGGCAAUUAACUAAGGCCUUAACAGAAACAAAAACUCACGACCCAUUAAUUUUACUCGAUGAAAUUGACAAAGUUAGUUCUUACAAAGGUAAUUCUGCUAUUCAUAGUUGUUUAAAUGCUGUUUUGGAUCCGGUGCAAAAUAAGGAGAUUCCGGAUUAUUAUCUAGAUGUUAAAUUGGACUUUUCCCGGGAUGCCGACGAUUGUCAAAUUACGCGCCUUAAUCAGAAUAAUUUUGAAAUCACUUCCGAAGCCCUCGAAACUUUAAUUAACAAAACUAAGGAGAAAGGUGUUCGACAAUUGGAAAAAGCACUUGAUAACAUUUUUGAUUAUUGUCUUUUGCAGUGGGCUCAGGAGGCAAGCGAGGGAGAACCAGAAAGUAAAAUAGUUAUUGGUUCUGAUUUAAUUCACAAAAUUAUUCCUCAUGAUUUUUAUAAUGUUGACCUGGUAGAUGACCAGGAAAAGGCCUCAAAAAAUAAAGAUGAGAAAAGGGAGUUGGAAAAUUUACGCCGAGAAUUAGCAACCCUACGAGGAGAAAAAAAUAAUCAAACUGAGUUAAAAGCCAUUAGGUUUAAUUCCCUGCUGGUGCUGCGACAAGUUAGAGGACAAUUUACUGAAAAAGAGUAUCAGGAUUAUGAGGGGAGAAUAAAUGCUGCUGCCUCACGGGAAGAAGUUGAGGUAGUUGUUAAGGAAUUUUUACUAAAAACUAAGCAAAAAAAUGCCUCUUCAAAACCUACCAAGGAAAACUGGGACAAAGAAAUUCACGAUGAAUUGACAAGAAAUAAAGACCUAAUCAAGAUUUUGGAGGGAAAAUUUAAACUUUUUGAUGAUGAGAUAAAAAAACUAAAGGGAGAAAUUCAAAGUUCUCGGGAACGAGAAAACAAAGAUAAAACCUUAUUGGUAGUAGUUAUUAUUAUCUCAACAAUUUGA